AUGGCGUCUACGAUCAAGAGGGCUCUGCGGAGCUUGUUUGCUGAGGCAAAGAAAAGCGAAACAGCAAUGAAAAAGAUCCUCAAUCCACCGCAGGACGACUCUUUUGCUGGAAGCCGUAUCUAUCCCGCGCGGCAUAAGAAGAAGGAUGAAGACUUUGGUAUCCGAAUCGACCGAGGACCAUCUGUUAAGGACAAACCUAACAUGGUCAAUAUCAAUUUACAAAUCAAUUCGAAUGCCGGAAAGAAGUCUCUGCAGCAGCUGGUCAAGAAGCAUGGUUCCCAUAAGAAGUUUGUGACUGUCCAGGUGGACUCACAACAGGAAGUGACGGCGGAAAAUAUGGACAAGCUUCAGGAAAAGAUUGAAUCUGAGAUUGAUAAGAUAGAUGGUAUUUGA